AUGAUCCAAAGCCUCUUGACGUUCCUGUCGGGGAUUCUGAACGAACUGGAUGAUGACUUAUUGGAGGACUGGAAGCAGCACGCCCUGCAGGUGGAACUUCCCUUGGUCCAGGGCUCCAUCAGCGUCAGCGCCUGGCCCGGGCUGUGCCAACACCUCGGGGAGCUGCCGCCCUGCGUUACGGCCCAAGAGUUGAGAGAGACGCUGUGGCAACAGGCCUUUGUGGAGAACCCCACACGUGCGCCGGGGCACCGCAACUUCCGGCGCUUCGCAUUGCUCUCGGCGCAGAUGGUGGCCAUCGGGGUGGAGUUGGAAUCGGAGAAGGUGGAGCUGCUCGUGCGACAGGUUCUGAAUUUAGAUCGCCCCUGGCGCGAACGCCGCGAUAUGCUCAGCGGCAUCUUGACCGCCGCCUCGGUGGUGGAUCGACGGAAGGUUGUGGAGAAUUUGGACCGACGCUUCGAGCAACAUGCAGAAAUCGAUGACUUUGAGAUUGUCUGUGGCAUUGCGGAGCACAUCGGCGUCGAAAUCCCACCAGAUGGGGCCAUCCGGCGCUGCGCGUUGCGUCGCUGGGCGCUGGACACCAAGAGGGGCGGCGCCUUGCCCGUGUCGCGCCUCAGCGACUUCGUGGAUCGCGACGUGGCCAUCGGCGAGGACGUGGCCUGCAGCCUGCGGCAGCGCGGCCGCGUCGCGGAUGCGGCGCUGCUGCUGUCAAAGCUGCCGAACGAGAGAAGUGGAGAAGAUGUGGACGCUUGGUAA